AUGGGGUGGAAUCCAUGGGGUGGAUCCGUGGGGUGGAUCCGUGGGAUCCGUGGGCGAUCCGUGCCGGAUGAGACCCCCCGGCCGUUCCCAGGCCAGGUGCAGAGCCGGGAGUGCAUAGAGGAGGUCAUCAAGUUCGCCUUCGAGGAGAAGCUGUUCCUCAUGGCCGACGAGGUGUACCAGGACAACGUCUACGCCGAGGGCUCGGCCUUCCACUCCUUCAAGAAGGUCCUGAUGGAGAUGGGGCCGCCCUACUCGGACUCGGUGGAGUUGGCCUCCUUCCACUCCAUCUCCAAGGGAUUCAUGGGAGAGUGCGGGCUGCGGGGCGGCUACAUGGAGGUGGUGAACCUGCACCCCGAGGUGAAGGCGCAGCUGACCAAGAUGGUGUCGGUGCGGCUCUGCCCGCCCGUGCCGGGACAGCUGCUCCUGGACGCCGUCAUGGACCCGCCCAAGCCCGGAGAGCCGUCCUACGAGCGCUUCCAGGCGGAGAAGGAGGCGGUGCUGGGCGCGCUGGCGGAGAAGGCGCGGCUGACGCAGGAGAUGCUGAACCGCACGCCCGGCAUGCGCUGCAACCCCGUGCAGGGCGCCAUGUACGCCUUCCCCCGCAUCGAGAUCCCGGCGCGCGCCCUCGACGCCGCCAAGGAGAAGAAGCAGGCCCCGGACAUGUUCUUCUGCAUGCGGCUCCUGGAGGAGACCGGGAUCUGCGUGGUGCCGGGCAGCGGCUUCGGCCAGAAGGAGGGCACCUACCACUUCCGCAUGACCAUCCUGCCGCCCACGGAGAAGCUGAAGCUGCUCCUGGAGAAGCUCGGCCAAUUCUACACCAAAUUCGUCCAGGAGUUCUCCUGAUUUGCAUAACCACGCCCCCUCAUUUGCAUAACACCGCCCUCCUCAUUUGCAUGGCCACGCCUCCCCCCAAACAUCCCGCCAGGAAUUUUUGGGGUUUUUUUGGGAAUUUCGGGGCUGGAUCCCCCCAAUCCCAAAACGUUCCCGAAUAAAGGCGGCGACCAGAG